UCCUAGAAGGACACAUAUAAAACGUACCACAAGUUUUUAAAAAAAACGAACUGAAACUUUGGGUCUUGCUUUAAAAUUAUUAUAUACAGUUGUUGCAAACUGUGCCUCACACAGUGUUUCCUCAUAUAACCACAUUUCCUCAUAGCAGCCUCGUGAUAUUGGUAACCUUCCUCUUAAUACAAACAAAAGGUUUUGUGUUCCCCUAAUACUGAAAUUAUCAAAUUAUUUAGUUUUUAAGAUUCAAUGCACCAGACCAAAGCCAGAAGCGAUACAACCUUCCUUUUUUCCAGGACUCCGGGAGAGUAUUAAGUUCUCAGCUGAGGCCCUGUGGUGGUGUGUACACAUGGAGGCUGAUCAGUGGACGCUUUCUGUCUUGUUCUGAGGUCACGGACUGUCCUUCAACCAGGAUCAAGUCUUCUGCAAGUUCAAAGGAGUGCCCGAACUUUGUGACAGUGCACAGACCCUCCAUUCAAGGAGCCUCUAGCUGCAGGAAGAGAGCGAGCGGGAGAGAAAAUAAACAAGUCUUUAAAAAAAAAGAAACAACGCUCUUCAUGAAUUCCCCAAAAACCUGAAAGGCAAAUACUGCAAGUUGGCUGGUGGUCUUGAGGAGGCAUGUGGACAAUGAGUAUGGCUUGGCUCUGUCUCCCGGCCUACACUGUCCUCCUUGUUAGUUACUUUCAUAUAGCCGUCACGGAAAAUGAUGUCACUCCACGCCUCACCUUCUCCUACUAUGCAAAGGAGAGGACAACCAGAAGUUUCUCAGUCGACGGGGUCUUCAACUACACCACUCUCCACCUCAGUAAAGAAGACAACAUGCUGUACCUUGGAGCUCGGGAGAUCCUCUUUGCUCUUAACCUCUCUGAUAUCAGUGCAGUCAAACUACAGAAAAAUCUCACAUGGAAAACUCCACAGAGGAAGAGAGACGAGUGCAGUUUCAAAGGCAAAGACCUGCAGACGGAUUGCUUCAACUACAUCAAGAUUUUACUUCGCAUGAACAGCACUCACCUGUAUGUGUGCGGAACGUACGCCUUCAGCCCCACCUGUGCUUACAUAAAAACUGCAGACUUCUCCCUCGUCAAGAGUGAUGCUGGUGAGAUUGUUACAGAGGACGGACGAAGCCGCUGCCCCUUCAACCCUGAGUACAAAUCCACUGCCAUCAUGGCUGAUGGAGAGCUGUACGCUGGUACAGUCAGUAAUUUCCAAGGAAAUGAACCCAUCAUUUACAAGAGCCUAAGCCAAGGAACUUCUCUAAAAACAGAAAACUCACUCAACUGGCUUCAAGACCCGGCCUUUGUUGGCUCUGCUUACAUACAAGAGAGCCUGCCCAAGGGCAACGUGGUGGGCGACGACGAUAAGAUUUACUUCUUCUUCAGUGAAGCAGGAAAGGAGUUUGAUUUCUUUGACAACACCAUUGUGUCACGCAUUGCUCGCGUGUGUAAGGGUGACAUGGGAGGCGAGAGGGUCCUGCAGAAGAAAUGGACGACCUUCCUGAAGGCUCAGCUCCUAUGCUCGCUGCCUGACGAUGGCUUCCCCUUCAAUAUAAUCCAGGACAUGUUCGUGCUGACGCCGAGUCCCGAGGACUGGAAGAGCACUGUGUUUUAUGGAGUCUUCACAUCUCAGUGGUAUAAAGGCGCUUCAGGAAGUUCUGCGGUGUGUUCCUUCACUAUGGACCAGGUGGAAAAGGCGUUUAAUGGGCGAUACCGCGAGGUCAACCGAGAGACACAACAGUGGUACACAUACAACCAUCCGGUCCCAGAGCCUCGGCCUGGAAUGUGUAUCACAAAUGCUGCCAGGGAACAGGGCAUCUCCUCCUCGCUGCACAUGCCCGACAAGGUGCUGAAUUUUGUCAAAGACCACUUCCUGAUGGACAGCGUCAUUCGCAGCCAGCCUCUCCUGCUAAAGCGCAACGUUCGCUACACGCAGAUUGCUGUCCAUCGAGUCCAGGCAGCAAAAAAGGCAUAUAAUGUGCUCUUCAUUGGCACAGAUGAUGGAAGACUUCAUAAAGCCAUCAAUGUCAACAACAAAAUGCACAUUAUUGAGGAGAUGGUGCUCUUCCGUGAUUCCCAACCAGUGCAACACAUCGAGCUGGACACUGAAAAGGGUCAGCUUUAUGUUUCCUCUUUCUCUGAACUGGUGGAGGUCCCAGUAGCAAACUGCACUAAUUAUCAGAGCUGCGGGGAGUGCAUCCUCUCCAGGGAUCCUUACUGUGCCUGGAACGGGAGGCAGUGUGUGGAUAUCAGACAGGCUCAACCAAGAAAUGCCUGGCAGCAGGAUGUAGAUGAAGCAGACACAUCAGCUAUUUGCAACAAGACAGUGCCAAGCCCACGGUUUGCUAAACCUCCUCCUACACGAAUGUCUUCAUGCCAGGUGAUCAUUAUCCCGGCCAACACGUUCAAAGUGCUGCCUUGCAAGCUGCGCUCUAAUUUGGCAGAAAGGAGAUGGGAGUUCAGUGAGAGCGCGGGUCACUUCCAUUACCCCAGCCCAGAGGGGGGGCUAGUAGUGGUAGCUCAAGCCGACAGGCAGGAAACCUACGAGUGCUGGUCAGUGGAGGAGGGCUUCAGACAACUGCUGGCAAACUACUGCGUGAGGGGCGAGGCCAAACAGGAGAGCACCACCUUGACAGGGCGUUCACAUACGCCACAGAUCUCCCAGGAAGAGUUUGUUAUCCUGCCAGGAGAGGCGCGCUCCCCGCAGAUCAACACUAAGACCUACUGGAAUGAGCUGAUAGUGGUGUGUUCCCUCCUGGGUUUUUCCCUUUUGGUCUUCUCUCUAUUUGUGGUCUACAGGAACCGUGAUCACAUGAAGUCCAUGCUCAAGGAAGGGGAGUGCCCAAACAUGCAGCAGAAGAAACCCAGGAUAGUAGUGAAACCGGCUGAGAACUUGCCACUGAACGGCAACACGGUAACGGCAUCAGUGUCAGAUCACAAGGGCUACCAGACCCUUAACGACAAUUACAUCUGCAGCACUCCACCGCACGAGUGCUCGUCACCAGACAACAGCAAGAGCUUCUCGGAGUCGGAGAAGAGGCCUCUGAACCUGAAAGAGAGCCACGUAGAGAUUUCUCCCACAUGUCCUCGGCCACGAGUUAGACUGGGCUCUGUGAUUAAAGACUCUAUAGUGUGACUCCGGCUUCAUGUAAUGUGGAGAGACUAAUUUUAAGCUGAAAGGAAAGAGUGCACUUGCUAAGAAAAAUAAAACCCUGUAAGAGGGACAGCCGAGGAACAUCAUACUCUUCGUGGAGAGACAUUUCAUUACACAGAUUUUGCACUUUGUUUUUUCUUUUUGUUCUGUCCCUGUGGUCCACGUGCAUUUCGUUUCAUUUGCCUCUCACUCCCCCUUUAUUCAUGUGCAUUCGAAGCACUCUGAAAAAAAUUCCAGUUUGCCUUCAGACUUUUGUCGUUUUCAUAUACAGCUCACAGGAAUGUAACACAGAGGAGGUGUCGGCGAUUCAGUGAUUGAAUUUCAAAGCAUUGCCGCUCAGUCCGUCCACAAAGUCUACUGGUAAUGCUUUGAAAGGUAGAGUGAUAUUUAUACAUGUUCCCACUAAUGGCUGAGGCAGUGUUUGUCGUUUUAUUUUUGUUCUGUGAUCUGGUUAAGAGCCUACCUUUCGCCGAGGCUAUGCACUAUUUACUGUUCGGUAACAAAGUAAACACUCACACUAGAAUAUACACUAACAAUCCAGGGGCAGGCUAGGAAAAUAAAAAAGUCCUGUGAUUUGAUUUUAUAAGAUAGCCGGUGUGUAUUGACAGAAUUAUAUUCGUCGUCUAGGCUCACACACAACAACAGAGAAAGAGUUGUGGUAAAAGUGAAGGGUAAAAAAAAUCAAGUCAGUGAAAAUAACUCAAACCACGUCAGUCACUACACACCAAAAAAUAAAAAAUAAAAACGAAGUAGUAUAUAACAGUAAAUGAAAACAAAUCAUGCUUUUCUUAAAGUACUGGUAUUAUCAGUCAAUACAAAUAUUUCUCUGUGAAAGCCUGACUUUCAACAGGGUUUUCCGUCACCAAAUGUGAUAAAGGGAAAAGUCUCAUUCCAGGUAUUAUCAUGCUGUUCUUCAUGAGACAGGCAGUCUAUGCAAAGCAAAUAAUGUGAAGUGGGGUAAACACCAAGAAAACCUCACCUCGAGACUGAGUAAGCACAAAGGUGUUGGCGCUGUUAAUUACUUUAGGAUCAGUGGCACUACAAACACACACCCACACACAGACACACACACUCUCGGUCUCAUUGUACUGACUGUAAGUAUGCAAGAGAUUUCAGCCAUUUCGGUGUAUUCGGUGAGGGGGAAGAGUGUCCAAAUGUUUCUUUUACAAGAAAGACAUUUUUCACAAUCAUUUUUUAAUGUCUGAAAUAUAUCUAUCACUAAUCUCAAAGGGAAAUAAUAAUAAAUAUUAAAAUAUACCUAUUCAUAAUCUAAUUUAAAUAACACACAUCUGUAUAGCCUCAACUUUGACACAUAUAUUGAUAGAUGGAGAUAAUGAAUGGAAGAAAACGCCCUCUGAUUGCUUACAUGGUUUUAAAGGCAACCAUAAAGGCAAUAAUUUACAUUCAAAUCCAAUAAUAAACACAUAAACAAUUGUGCAUUUUAGUUAUCUUGAUCAGCCAUCUUCUUAUUCAGAAACAGCAAUUAUCAACCGCAUGAUCCAUCACAUUUGUGAGAUGUUGGACUAACUUGAAUUGAAUUUUUUCCCCCAUUAUACAAUUUGAAGUCUUACUUGAGUUUGGCUCUUGUGUUGUGCCAGCAAAAUUAAAUAUUCACAAAAACAUGCAGGAAGGCGUACUGCUUGACUCAGAAUGCAUAGGAUUUGCACUUGAUGUUGAAAAGCCUUAGUACAAAGCAGGUCAUGGAUUUGAUUACAAAUCUGCCUUGAGGAAAAUGGGUAAUGCCUUCUGAAAUCAAGAGAUGUGCCUCUUGGGAUAAUAAACUAACCAGGUAGUAGUGCUGUAGAGUCAAAUGCAACACUGUAGGUGUGAAAGGACUGACUGUGUUCAGAAACAAGAGUGAAAACAUGGAACACGUGUAAUUUAAUACUGUCAGCAUUGUACAGUAUGUGCUCAUGGGAUGUUUUGUUAUUUAACUUUUUGUUAUGGUGGCGUCAACCUCAGUCAGGGACUAAAUUUAUUCUGAAAGUGUAGCACAUAAAACAACCACUGGCUGAUUUUAAAAUACUGAAUUAUAGAUAUUAGUAUUAUGUUACAUUUCUUGUAAAUGGCACUGCAAAAAUGACUGUGUGAAUUUCAAAAGACUGGCCGUCUAUAGUCAGUCACGCAGUAUGAAAGAUUCAUGCUUUGACUGUUAUUAAAAACAUAAAUGGCAGCUUUUGGUGGAUUGGCUGUCAUCGGAACAAUAUUAAAUUUGCUAAGUGCACAACAAAUAUAAAGUGGCAGUGAUUUAGUAACACACGUGCAGGUACUGAACAUGCUUUUAUUUGAAUACAAGCCUAAACUAAUAAUGCCACAGUGAAAGUAUCGUCGUCUGCUCUCUCUCUCUCUCUCUUAUAAUAAACCACUGUAGUCUAGCCUUCUAUUUGUGACAGUACAAGUUGCUCUGACUCUCGUCAACAUGUAUUGUAAGUAAAAAAACAAACAAACAAAAAAAAAAACAAGUUUUUUUUAUGUAAAAUUGUUUUGUAAAUUCAGCUGCCAAUGUAAAAAAUAUUGUGAAUUGUAUUUUUUUGUAUCAUACAUCACUACUGUUUGUUUUCUUUUUUUUUUUUUGUAUUGUACAUAAAAAGCACUUUAUUUUAAUUUUUCAAAUAAAGAUCAAAAGAUAAUUUUUUUAUUUGAA